AUGUUGGGCUAUCUCGUACUCACUCCCAUAGCACUUUUCAUACUUCUGACCAGCUGCAUUUACCUUGGUCGUCGAUGGCGUGCUAAGCUUCUGGCGAAAGAAACAGGUCUUCCCGAAAUACCACACUUGGGUCAGGCUAGACCCGACAACCAAAAGAUCAGGGUUAACAAUGCACUGAAAACGUCCUUGGAAUGUAGCAUUGCUGGUCUACUGGCUGCUCGUAUAUGCCACAAUCACUUUGAACGCGUCGUGAUCGUGGAGACUGAGCCUUGGUUGGCUGAUAACGAAGCCCGGGCUACUCAAGCAUGGACUCAGAAGCGUUAUCGGACUCGCGUCCUGCAGUAUCGUUCUCUACAAGCCCAGCAAGUCAUCAGUCUCUUAGCGUACAGAUCGUUGUUCCCCAAAUUUGACGAAGAAGCAGAAGCAUCGGGUGUCCAUAUCGCCGCCGCCGAUAUCAAAUGGUGUAUAUGGGGUAGGUUCGCACACCCUCCCUAUGAGGAAUAUCCCGCCGGACUUCCGCAGACCUGCUUCACAAGUCGCCAGGGACUAGAGACACUCUUGCGUCGGCUUGUACUCGAUAAGACCCAGUAUCCAAACAUCGAUUACGUCGUUGGCACCGUCACUGACUACCAAGCUGACGCUACUGAUACCGCGAGGUUGCGAAAUGUUCUGGUUCGCACUGAUGGAGGCAAUACUAGCAUCGAUGCAGACUUAGUCAUUGAUUGCACUGGUGCUUCUCAUACCGGAGUCAAGAUGCUUAAGCGUGCUGGCUACGGUUAUACUGAUGUUUACCCCGAGGGCAAGGUAUCCCUUGAUGACCUAAGGGUUCAAUAUGACCCCAAGAUCACGUACUGCACGCUAGAGCUCAACGUCUCUCCCGACCUUGCAAAACGUCUACCUAUUCCAGGAGGAUUUGCCAAUCAUCCUGGCAUCAUCGCUGCCAUCAGUGACGCUCGAAUGGAUAGCAAAACUAUGUACUCUUUGGGUAUUGAUGGCACGAACCGAUUUCAUUUGUGCACUGGUGGAUGGGGUUUGCCCGAUUUGCCGCGCACACUUGAAGGAAUUAAAGAGUUUGCUCGUUCCAUGAAAUUGAUGACACCUCUUCCAGACUGGUUUUACCAAAUGCUUGACAUGUUAGAUGCCGACGAACAAGUGAAGGACACAAUGAACACCAGCUAUAUACGAAUUCCACCAGCAUGCUAUUAUCCUUACCACCUAGCCGUCAACCUUCCCUUGAACUGGAUUGCACUAGGCGACAGUAUCAUGAGGAUAAAUCCUGUUUUGGGGCAAGGCAUUACGAAAUCGAUCUAUGGUAUCAUUACGCUCAAUAACGUGUUGAGGACACUUUCUCCCUCGUCAGUCCAGGAGAAGUAUACAGCCUCUUUACCCAAUGAUUUCUCAAAGAAUUUCUUUGAGCUUCAAGAGCCCAAGAUCGAGGGAUUAUGGAGCACAACGAGAUUGUUUGACUAUGCCUUUAAGACCACUGUUCCCGUUCCGGGUGAAUCCUUGGAGCUAGGUUCAUGGCCCCGGUGGUACAUGCGAAAAGUCCAGUAUAUCGCGUUUACGGACAAAUAUGUAUCGUCUAUAUUGUGGCAUGGGAGAAUGUUCUUGUCACCUGGAAUAGACGUCCUGCACCCUAAGGUGAUAAUGAAGGUGUUGUGGAGUCUCGUCACUAAUCCGGGUGCUCCGUGA